UCUCUUUCGGUGUGUCUCUUUCCCUCUCACACGAGAGAUUUUCGAGAACUAGGGUUUCUGUUUCUUCCAUAUAAGAUAGCCUACCCUAGGGUUGCAAAUCCUUUCAGACCUUUUCUACGUUUAUUUCUUUUCAGAUUUCUUGUUGACUUUCUGCAUCUCGUUCGUCUCCAACUCCUGAGAUUCCAAGCUUUUUGAUCAUCGAGAAGGCUUUUUAUCUCAACUGUAUCAAUGCCUCCACGAACGGUGAAGAGGGGAGGGGCCGCAGCUGGGUCCAGAAAGACGCCCAGAGCGACUAAAACGCCUCCGAAGUCCCGAAAUCAGUCUGAAGUUGCUGAAGAAACGGCGAAGGCCGAAGAGUUUCCGGUCUCUAUUGUUGAAGUUGAUGAAGAGACGAAGGUGGAGGAGGUUAAAGUGGUGAAUGCUGAGGUUAAACAGGAGGUGAAGCCUUCUGAACCUGAAGUUCAGCCAAAACCUGAGGCAAACGGAUCUGUUUCUGUUGAAGAAAAAGUUGAUAUUAAGGAGUCCUUUGAGGAAGACGACAAAGGUGAGCGGUUAGAACUGGAUGAUAAUGAGCCUGAAUACGAAGCCGAAGAAGAUGGUGGGGUGUAUUAUUAUGAGAAGGAAGUCGACCAUGAGGAUGCUCAGGAGGGGGAGGAUGAAGAUGUGAAAGAGGCGGAGGGUGAUGCAGGUGAAGAAGAGGAGGGUGAUAUGGUUGAGGAAGAAAUGGAAGAUGAAACUGAGGAAAUUGAAGGUCAAGAGGACAAUGAGAAUGUAGAGGAAGAACAUGAAGAGAUCUUUUACGAAGAGGAAGAUGAGCAUCAUGAAGUUGUUAAGGAAAGACGCAAAAGAAAGGAGUUUGAGAUAUUUGUUGGAGGCUUGGACAAGGAUGCGACUGAGGAUGAUCUGAGGAAAGUCUUCAAUGAAGUAGGUGAAGUUACUGAAGUCAGGCUGAUGAUGAACUCUCUGACAAAGAAGAACAAGGGUUUUGCAUUCUUACGUUUUGCUACUGUUGAACAAGCGAAACGGGCAGUUACAGAACUGAAGAACCCAGUGGUCCAUGGGAAACAAUGUGGUGUGACUCCAAGUCAAGACAGUGACUCCCUUUUCUUGGGUAACAUAUGCAAGACAUGGACAAAGGAAGCUUUGAAAGAGAAGUUGAAACAUUAUGGAGUUGAGAAUAUUGAUGAUUUGAUAUUGGUCGAAGACAGUAACAAUGAGGGAAUGAAUCGUGGAUUUGCUUUCCUAGAGUUUUCUUCUCGUUUAGAUGCCAUGGAUGCUUACAAACGUCUUCAGAAGAGGGAUGUUGUCUUUGGAGUUGAUAGGCCUGCAAGGGUUUCUUUUGCAGAAUCUUUUAGUGAGCCUGAUGAUGAGAUAAUGGCACAGGUUAAGACGAUAUUUGUGGAUGGUAUCCCUGCUUCAUGGGAUGAAGACCGUGUCAAGGAGCAUCUAAAAAAGUUUGGUGUGAUCGAGAAGAUUGAACUUGCCCGUAACAUGCCAUCAGCCAGGAGAAGAGAUUUUGGUUUUGUUACUUUUGAUACUCAUGAUGCAGCGGUGGCAUGUGCUGAAGGGAUUAACAAUGCAGACUUGGGCAAGGGUGACAAUAAGGUUAAAGUUAGAGCGAGAUUGUCACGACCACGUCAUGGAGGUAAAGGGAUGCAUGCUAUUCAUGGAGAUUAUCAGCUUGGAAGAGGUAUCUCCCGAGCUGCAAGGGGUCCCUGGGUCCACCCUGCUCCUAGGAGCUUUGCUGGGCGAGGUGCUAGAGGAAUUGGUGGACAUGUGGCUCUGGCUGCCACUCGUGGAUUCAAGAGGCCAUUGCUAUUUAGAGAUAGACGCCCUGUUAUGGCUAUGCCAGAUAAAGUUAGACCGUUGCCUCCCCAAGCGAGGUCUUUUGUCAGGAGAGCUCCUGUUUCUUCAUAUUCAAGAGGCAGCUCUAAGAGGGAUUAUGGUAGGCAUGAGGAGCUUCCUCCAAGAAGCAGAGGUGCUGCAGAUUAUGGUUCUCGAGUUGCUGCCGAGAGGCGCUUCUCCUACAGAAAUGAGAGUGAUUACCGUAGAUCUGGCUAUCCUGAAGAUGGACCACGAGGUUCUUCUCGCACUACAGCAGGGAGGCCCUAUGUAGAUGAAAGUUAUGCUAGGAGGUUUGAAAGGCCUCCUCCUUCAAAUUACCGUGAAGGGCGUGCCCGUGAUUAUGACUCAAUCUCUGGAUCUAAACGCCCAUACUCAGCAUUGGAUGAUGUGCCUCCACGUUAUGCUGAACCCAGUGUCCGUCAGUCGAAGGCUCGUUUGGAUUAUGGAGUUGGUAGCAGUGCUUCUCAAUAUGGUGAUGCUUACAGCGAGAGGCUUGGGAGAUCUCAUAUAGGAUAUGGAAGCAGCAGGAGUUCUCUAUCUGGUCAAGAGUCGGAUGGACUUUAUGGCAGCCGUCAGAGUUUGGGUUAUGGUGGAGGUUCUUAUGAUGGUAAUGAUGUUGGUGAAAUGUAUUCAUCGAGCUUUGGUAGUGAUUACAUGUCACGUGGACCUGAUAUUGGUGGUAGUUCAUAUUCAUCAUUGUAUUCAAGUCGUGGCUUGGGUGGUAGUGGUUAUCUGGGAGGUGGUGGUUCUGGAUCAUACUAUUGAGAUUUAAAAUGGCAAGAACCUGCUAUAGGCUGCAGUUAUUUGAAGCUUACACAUGAUGAUGCCUACGGCCUUUGGAAAGAAAGCAAAUUACCAAGCAUGUACAUUCUGUGUGUUAGUCUGAGGUGAAUGGAUUAUGAGUUUGAGUUAUUCAAUGGAAGAACUGUACAGCUUUGAGCUAUGUUGGACUUCAGAGGUGUGCUCAUUAGCCCUACUUCAUGCUGCAAGGACAUUCAAGUUAUUUGGAGUUCAAAUUUAGAUGGCCCGGUUUGUGGUAUUUAUGAAAUGGAUAUUUAAUUGUCCCCAUAAGAACACCUGAUGGACAGAGAGGUUGUAUUAUGCAUUAAAAGUUUCAAUGGGCAAAAUAUUUGAUAUGCAUAAAAAGCUUGAUGUGCUGCAGAUUUGGUUGUUGGCCUUCUAGGUCACUACAUUAUUGAAAAUCCUGGUUUUAAGUUUUGUUUGGGAAUGCAAGAAAGGAAUCACUGCACAGAAUACUCUUGUCGGUCAUAUUGCCUGAGAAUGUAGAAGUAAUUUUCAGUGAGUUGACAACAACUAUUUGGUGUACCACUCGAGUCUUUGGAUUUGAAAAUUUUUCUUCAUUCCAAGCUAUAGUGUAAUUAAGUAUGGGAUUAGUGAACCAAGACAUACUCUUUGGCAUGUCCUCUUGCUGGGGUUUGAAGGGAGGAAUUGCUAGCACAAAGACUUAACUUGUCAAAUGUUUUACUGGUCAAGGGCCUUAAUGAUGGAUGAUUGUUGCCACACUCUGGUUCAUGUGUGGCAAUUGUAAAAUCUGAACUUGUGGACCAGGGUAAAUGGACAUUGAGGCCUUUCCAUGUGCUAAAUGUUUGGUUCACAGAGGAAGUAACAGAUGCUGGAAAUAAUAUGAACAUAUGGAGCUGAUGAAGUCAUCCGUACUAAGAUCAUUGCUUGCCAAACAUGUAAGCAUAUUUUAAGUGUAGCCUUUGGACUGCAUCUCUAGUUUUCUAAAUUAGGAGUGUAGGAAUAUGUGUUCACUUACUUUCCAAGAGAUAAGUUUAAUUUUCUAGUUAGACUAGAUCUUUAGUUUCCUAAAUAGGAGUUAGAUUAGGAUUGGUUUCCCCAUUCUUCCUAUGUACUUGAUCUACUUAUUAUAAAUAUAUGAUGGAGGGAGACUGUCAGUGAAUACAUCUAUUGCUCCUCUUCCCUGCCGUCUCUCUACUUUUUACUCA